CAGCUUCAUAAACAGUAUUGACUGGGUUAACUGUUAAUCAGUCUUGAAAACAAUUUGGUAUACGCGGUGUGCGCUCUGCGUAGUAAAACUUUCAAUCUGACGUACGCAUAGACCUGGAGCAAAGAUAAUGGGUUUAUCCCAGCCAGUGAAGGAACUCUUCCUAGUUCUUAAUUCCUCCAGUCCUCGUCAAGAUCUAGGGAAUAUUUCAACUGUAGAAACCAUUAGAAGUCAACAAUAUCAGACUACUGGUUCAGAUCUUGGUAUUCUUGGUUCGGAUAUUACCGAGCUAGUGGUCUCAUGUGUAGGGAAAACUAUAGCUUUGUUGUACUGCGUAGGAAUUGUAUUGCUGAUCCUUUACUACUGCUAUUCUAUACCGGCGGAGGAACGGCAGAGUAUUCUUAGAACGCGGCGGAGGCGGAGAGGAACUAGGUUAAGGCUGAAAGAUCUUCCGCCCUCCUACGAGAGUAUUCAUUUCUCCGAGCUGCCGCCACAUUAUGAGGACGUUCUACUCCUACAAGAAGAAACAAUAGCCAGUAGAGUCUAAUAACAUAUUGGAUGAAAAUCAGACUAAACAAAUAUCUGGGAUCAUAGAGUGAAAAUCAGACUAGUCAGCUAUCUGGGGGUUUAGGGGGAAAACGAGGAAAUCUGUGAGAUGAUGAACUUUGCUUAAACUAAAAAUGAAGACUGGACGAAGCAGCUUUGGACGAUCUAGAUCCACGCGGCUGAUUUCAAACCUAAGUAAAAUGUGGCCGAAACACCCGACCGGAAAUUGGCCGAAACCACCGAUCGUAAUAGAACUAGAGAAUUGUACCUGAAACCGACAUUCUUAAUUUGAAUGUUUUGUUACAACUAUUUCCUUGUAUUCAUUAAACUGACUUUUCUUAAGUUUAUUUUAUUAAGCUUAGAGAAAUUUUCGUUGAUUAUCUAUUGUAAUAAAUGUUAAUGGUUAUCCAA